AUGUUCGUGAAUUCAAGGCUAGUCGUACUUUGGUUCCUGCUCAAAUGUUCUCUGGCCGCACGCAACUGGAUUUACGAACCACUCUCUGUUGAAUCGAAAACCUCGGAUCCAUCGAAAUUAAAUAUUGAAGCAGCGUUGGAUCGUAAUGGACGUGAUUUUACCAUAUCAAUCAAUUUGGAUUGGAACUACGACGUAGACGAGACGACAAUGGUAGAAGCGUUCAGUUAUCGCAGCGCUUCGGGCAACGAGAAGGAUUAUACCCUACUACCAUGGACCAUGCCCAAACAGACAUAUGAAAAGUAUACCGAGACCUAUUACGAAAAUAUUGUCUACAAGAAUUUAGCUAACUGCUCAAAUCUGCCCGCGCCUGGCAACACCUAUCCCUGGCCCAGGGCGCAAUACAAAUUGGAGAAGUGUGUGGCCAAUGGCGAUGGAUUACCCGAAAUUGCACCCGAGGGAUAUUAUAAGAUAAUAUUUCAGGUAUCCGGUGAGGUCGAUUGGGAAUUUGUACUGAUAUCAAAGUUGACAAGUAAUACAAAUCUGCUUGGUUGA